CCAGUACUGAUAGAUUCGGGAUGCACAGACUCCAUCAUUGACGAAGCCUUUGUUCGGCAACACAACAUUUCCACGAAACCACUUCUGACUCGUGUUAUUGUUUCAAAUGCAGAUGGAACCAAAAAUUGCACUGGACCUCUGACAGAAUAUGUGACCCUUCAUCUAACUGUGGCGGGCCGCACGGAAUUAAUGGACUUCCUGGUUACUGGACAGAGGGAGACCAGAAUUUUAUUAGGACACAAUUGGCUACGAUGCACGAAUCCCAACAUCAACUGGCAAACAAACACUAUC